AUGACGGCGGGAGCUGCAUUUCCGCCGCUGUUAACGUUCUCCCCCGGCUACACACAUCCAGCUCCAGCCUUCUCCUCCCCCUCGCGCGCCGCACGAAUUCAUCUUAGCAGCAGCGUUGACGGUGAAGCCAUGGAACCUUCACCUACUGGCAAUCCUUUUCCGUCAAAACUCAGCCCUUCUUUUCCGACCGCCACGAGGCCGGGCUCUUCUUCCCUCAGCUCAUCGGCCACCAUGUCAACCCCAGACUCGCUUACACCUAAACUCACACUACCCACACCUCCAGCCACACCCACGUCUCCCUCCUCCGGUGGCUCACCCCAGACUUCUCCUGCUCUUCAUUCCCGCUCUUCCUCCCUCUCUAAGCCAACGCCAUCAGCUCCUCGCCAGCUGGGCAGAUCUCAGCUUAAUGCGACCUCCUCAGAGAAUCUCCUAACUGGAUCCUCAGGUGCUGCUGCUGCUGGAGCCUCACAUCAGCCUCCCACACCUGAACCAGAGGAGGCUGAGGAGGAGGUCACUUUGGAGGAUUUAAUGGCAAAAGCAAAGUCGGGUGAUGCAAAAGCACAAACUAAGAUGGGCCGUUACUUCCUGGCUCUGGCAGAGGAAAGUGAUGAAGAGCUGAACAAUUGUACUGCUGUCACUUGGCUGAUCCAGGCUGCCAAACAGGGCCGAAAAGAUGCUGUCAGACUUCUGCAGCAGUGCUUAUCUUCCAGGAAAGGUAUCACCUUGGAGAACUUUGAGGAUGUAAAGAAGUUGUGUAUGGAGACACGUUAUGAAAGAGGAGUCAGGAAGGCCGCUCUGCUCAUGUACUGGAAGCUCAACCCAGAGAGGAAGAAGUCAGUGGCAGUUUCUGAGUUGCUGGAAAAUGUUGAACAUGUCCAUACAGAACCGGGUACAGGCAUACCUUUCUUCCGUGGUCCACUCAACAGCUCUGCUAAGAAACAAAGGCGAGUCCUGGAGACUAUGGUCAGCAGUGAGGCCAGUUCGGAUGUGGGCCUUGACGAGUUUGUUGAGAUGACAAAGAGAUAUGCUCAGGGAAUCACGCCGUCUGACCGUCUGACUGCUGCAGCCGAUGAUGACGAUGAUGAUGACGUGGUGGUGAAGAAUCCAGACGAGCUGCCGAUGCAUCAGAAGCUACUGAAGUUUCCCCUGUACACCCUGCUUGAAAUUAAGGAGCAUCUCAUCGACUGGGCAUCGCGAGCGGGCAUGCAGUGGCUCAGCGCCCUGAUCCCAACGCACCACGUUAAUGCACUCAUCUUCUUCUUUAUCAUCUCCAACCUCACCAUCGAGUUCUUCAUCUUCCUCAUCCCUCUGCUGGUUUUCUACCUGUCCUUCUUCUCCAUGGUCAUCUGCACACUGCGUGUUUUCCAGAAUUCAAAGGCGUGGGAAAAUUUCAGGGCUCUCACAGACCUGCUCGCUCAUUUUGAACCCAGUCUUGAUCUGGAGCAGGCUGAGACCAACUUUGGAUGGACACACUUGGAGCCCUACCUGUAUUUCCUGCUGUCUGUGGUUUUUGUCGUUUUCUCCUUCCCCGUUGCUGAUAAAUCUUGGAUCCCCUGCUCUGAAUUGUUCGCCAUCGCUCUCUUCUUCACCGUCACUGCCUUCCUCAGCCUCCACGCCUCUGCCCAGCUGUUCGCCCGUAGAGCCCUCCUCACAGAGGUUCUGUCUGGAGCAUGCUCCCUCACUCACCUCCUGCCAGACUCCUUCUGGUUCCUCAGGUUCUUUGGGACAACGUUUAUCUCGGUGCCUCUUGGAGAUGCCGUGGCGUUAAACCUGGGGGUGCCAUGCCUCCUGUAUGGACACCUUUUCUAUCUCCUCUUCCGCAUGGCCCAGCUGAGAGGCUUUAAGGGCACCUACCUGUGCCUGGUGCCCUAUCUGGUUUGCUUCACCUGGUGUGAGCUCUGCUUGGUGUUCCUUAAUAAUGCAUCAGCCAUAGGUCUCAUCCGAACCUGUGUGGGAUACUUCCUCUUCCUGUUUGCCCUCCCCAUACUUUCUCUGGGUCUGGCUGCGAUGCUCAUAAUCCAGCUGGUGCAGUGGUUUCUGACUUUGGAGGUCACCAAGAUGGUAGUCACACUGACCAUUUGCUUUGUCCCGGUAGUGCUGAGGCUGUGGACCCGUUUCAGCCUCAACCCCAUCGUGGUUUUUCGCUCUUUGUCGCGCAGCAGCAUUGUGAAGCUCAUCCUGGUGUGGCUCAGUGCGGUGGUGCUCUUCUGCUGGAUGUACGUCUACAGAUCUGAAGGAAUGAAGGUGUACAACUCAACCCUGACAUGGCCUGAGUACAGCAACCUGUGCGGCCCUCUGGCCUGGAAAGAGUCAAACAUGGCCCAGACGCAGAUCCUCUGCUCCCACCUGGAAGGACACCGCGUCACCUGGACCGGACGCUUCAGAUACGUCCGGGUGACCGACAUUGAGAACGGUCCCCAGUCGGUUAUUAACCUGCUGCCCGUAUUCGUGGGGAAUUGGAUGCGGUGCCUGUACGGCGAACCCUAUCCUAAGUGCGACGACGUAAAAAACGCCACCGCCGAGCCGCAGCCACUGCCCGCUCCUGCUCCUCUUCCGGGGGAUGCGCUCUGUAAACUUAAGAAACUGGCCAAGCACGAAUGCCAUGUCAAACGAUUCGACCGGUACAAGUUUGAGGUCACCCUGGGCAUGCCGCUGGAGAGGAAGACCAGGAACGGCACAAUCGUAGAGGACGAGGAUGCCACAAAGGACAUCGUUUUGCGGGCAAGCAAUGAGUUCAAGUCCCUGCUCCUCCACUUGAACACGGGCAGUCUGGUGAAGUUCAGCACCAUUCUGGAGGGGCGCCUGGGCUCCAAGUGGCCCGUGUUUGAAAUGAAAGCCAUCCAUUGCCUGUCGUGCGGGGACACCCAGCUUCCCAGCCGCAGGCAGUACAAGAUUGAACACGACUGGAGGCGCACGGCUCAGAAUGCCCUCCAGUUUGGUUUUGACUUCUUCUUCAACCCUUUUCUGACCGCUCAGCUAGAGCAACACUCAGAGACUGAGACAGAGACUGUGCCAGAGGAGGACUUUUAGUCCUCAUAAGUCCUCAUAACUAUUUUCUGCAGAGGAACACUAAUGAUUGUAUAAACACUGUUAACUGCAAUAUGAAUGACUUAUUGACCAUAGAUAGCAUUGAUGUGACCUCAGGCAUGUGUGUGCGUGUGGUUCGCAUUCUUAUAGU